UAUAAUUUCACUUUAAGAUUGGCACAACAAUUUCGUGAAAGAAUAGGCAAAUGUCGGGCAUCACCUCCGCUAGUAAUAUUAAUAAGGACCAUUCUUGGUGUACACAAAAUGUGUACAUUGUUUGUGUACACAGGCAACUAAGGGGUUUUGUGGACAAAUAAUGUACACUAAUCAUUUUUCUAUUAUUAAAGUGCUUCGAGAAUCAUUUGAAGCAAGGAAUCACCUCGCAACUGUUUAAGUUUAACGCAGCCGGCAUGGAAGCUCUGGCAUCAUUCACCGCCGCCGCAGUCCCGCCGCCUUCUCUCCCAACCUCUGUCCCUUUAAAAGCCAAUCGCCUUUCGUCCAAACGCAUCAUCCGCUUCUCCGCCUCCCACAGAAGUAAUAGAAACGGACCUGAUAUCCCAUCCGACUGCGAUGGGCCAGCCUUCGAUCCAAUCAUUCCCAAUCAGACACUUUCCGAGGACGUGGCGAUGGGGUUAGUUCUGAGAGCUGCGAACGUUCGAGGCUGGACUACAGGUUCAGGGAUGGAAGGACCGCCGGUUCCGGCUGGUGCAAAACCGGAUUCGGGAACGGAGCAAGUAUCUACCUUCCCUUGGUCCCUCUUUACCAAAUCUCCCCGACGUCGUAUGCGUGUGGCCUUCACCUGCAACGUCUGUGGACAGCGCACAACUCGCGCCAUCAACCCUCAUGCUUACACGGAUGGUACCGUCUUUGUUCAGUGUUGUGGAUGCAACAUAUAUCACAAACUGGUGGAUAAUUUGAACCUGUUUCAUGACAUGAAAUGUUAUGUGAAUUCUAGUUUUAAUCCGAAUCCAAACAGUGCCCUUAGCUUUGAGUACAUGGACUUGGAUGAUGACAAACGAGAUGAAUGAUACUUUACCACAUCAAUUCUUAAAAGGCCCGUCUUUGCAUUGCAUGACCAUCCGUGUGCUCUAGCUUAGGGGUUGAUGCGGUCAAGAUGUGGACGAUUUAUAUCACAGAGUUGUCUUAUGGAACAAGAUUGGAACUCAUACUGGGCAAAUGUAUAGUUGGACUGGAUUGGGGGCUUCUGGUUCCCACAACUAGCUCCUUCAAAAAAUUGGUCCAGAAGAAGCACACUCUGAAGUGUGAACCACAAUAGAGAUUAGAGACCAACACUAUAACCAAUCUGUAUCUAGGGACUUACUUGGCCCCGGUUUGCUUUCAGCUCCAAUUGUAGCAUUGCCCGUAAAAGAACCGAACGUGGGCUAUGAGUUGUGUUUUGGUUCUGAUUAGGUAUUGGCUCUGAAUACCCUAUCUUUCAUUUAAAAAAACUGUCAUUCCUGCUCUAUUC